UCUGUCGCCAGCUCUCCAACGACGCCGGAUCGCGGGCGGACCAAAGGGAGUCCCUAAGAACCAUGCAUGCUCAUGCUCUCUAUCUAACUUCUUUCCAUUCAUCAAUAACAGCUCCUGCCGACGCGUGUUCUCAUGACACUUCCAAAUCUAUAUACGUCAUUCAUUGCGCCAUUACGUGUGCACAUUAAGUUUCCGCCCAUAGCAGCAUAUUGCAUAUAUAUAAAUUGAGCUUCUCCUUUGCCAUCCUAAUCCAAGCAAAACCCAGAAAAGAUAAGAAGAAAUUACAUGGCGGAAGUGAGGAACAAGCAGGUGUUACUGCGAGAGUAUGUGUCUCGUUACCCAAAAGAAUCCGAUAUGUAUGUAACCACUUCUACUCUGAAAUUCAAGCUUCCGGAAGGCACCAAUGGAGUUCUGGUUAAGAACCUCUAUUUGUCCUGUGACCCUUACAUGCGAAACCGUAUGAAGAAGCACCCCACUUAUUAUGCGGAUUCUUUAAAGCUCCAUUCAUCAAUAAGUGGGUAUGGAGUGGCUGAAGUAUUAGAAUCUGGGGAUUCAAACUUCAAAGAGGGUGAUUUGGUUUGGGGCAUAACUGGGUGGGAGCAAUAUAGCAUUAUAAAUGAAACACAGUCCCUUUUCAAAAUUCCCCACACUGAUGUUCCCCUUUCUUACUAUGCUGGUAUUCUUGGUAUGCCUGGUAUGACUGCUUAUGCUGGUUUCUAUGAGCUUUGGUCUCCUAAGAAAGGAGAAUACGCCUUUGUUUCAGCUGCAUCUGGUGCAGUGGGUCAGCUUGUUGGGCAGUUUGCAAAGCUACUGGGUUGCUAUGUGGUGGGUAGUGCUGGAAGCAAAGAAAACGUUGAUUUGUUGAAGAACAAGUUCGGGUUUGAUGAGGCUUUCAACCAUAAAGAAGAGGCUGGUUUGGAUGCAGCUUUAAAAAGGUACUUUCCGGAAGGAAUAGAUAUUUACUUUGAGAAUGUUGGGGGAAAGAUGCUUGAUGCAGUGCUAUUGAAUUUGAGAGUCCAUGCUCGAAUUGCUGUGUGUGGAAUGAUCUCACAGUACAACCUCGAUCAUCCUGAAGGUGUUCAUAAUUUAAUGAACCUCAUUACCAAACAAGCCCGCUUAGAAGGAUUUGUAGUGACUAACUACUAUCAUCUCUACCCCAAGUUUCUUGAAUUUAUUCUGCCUUUCAUCAAACAAGGUAAUGUCAUCAAUGUCGAAGAUGCUGCUCAAGGCUUGGACAAUGCCCCUGCAGCUCUUGUUGGCCUCUUCACUGGCAGCAACGUCGGAAAGCAAAUAGUUGCCGUCUCACAUAAAUGAUUCGUGGCCUAGUCGGGAUGCUUUUCUACUAGCUAAAUAAAUUUCAGGGGCCCCCUUCUUCUCCUGCAUUAGCAUCAAUUUGCAUGCAUUGGUGUUAAAGUCUUAGUUGUGUUAUUAUUAUGUGUUGUUUGUUUGUUUGGUUCAUGUCUUGUAGCAUUGGAUAUAGUUUUCAUUUCUAUCUUUCACUACUAUUUAUGACAGCAUCCUGAAGCUUUAUCUUGAGGCAAGAGGACCAA